AUGGGGCAUUACUACUACUGUGCAUGUUUCAUCUGUUGCUUGUCUGAAGAGGAGAGGAACGCCAUUUACAUCAAUAAUGAAAUCAAACGCAUCCUUGCGGAGCAGAAAAAAAGACAACGGAGAGAUAUCAAGAUGCUCUUAUUAGGCACGGGAGAAAGCGGAAAGACAACGUUUAUGAAGCAGAUGAAAAUCAUUCAUGGAAGCGGAUACUCAGAAGACGAGAGGCGUGGCUACACUAAACUGGUUUUUCAGAAUGUAUUCCAAGCUAUGAGUGCAAUGACAGAUGCCAUGAAGAUGCUAAAGAUCCCCUACUCCAACCCACAGAACGAGAUUUAUGCCCAGUGGUUCCAGGAUCUGGACAUACAUCAGAUAACACAGCUGCAGAGAAGUUAUGUAGAGGCUAUUCAUCAUCUAUGGGCAGACAAAGGCUUUAAGAUUUGUUACAGACGGCGCAGAGAGUAUCAGCUACUAGACUCCACUAAAUAUUUUAUUGAUGACUUGGACCGCAUCGCAGCUGAAGGCUACAUCCCAACACCUCAAGAUGUUCUUCAAGUCCGGUUCCCCACUACCGGCAUCAGUGACCAUUGCUUUACUUUGGAGAAGAUGACUCUCAGGAUUGUAGAUGUCGGGGGUCAGAGGGGACAAAGAAGGAAGUGGAUCCAUUGCUUUGAGAAUGUGACGUCACUCAUAUUUUUAGCCUCACUCAGUGAGUACGACCAACUCCUUGAGGAGAAUAACAAGGAUAACCGUAUGGAAGAGAGUUUGUCGCUGUUCUACACGACCAUCCACUCAACGUGGUUUGCUAAUUCCUCCAUCAUCCUCUUCCUGAACAAAAUGGACAUCAUGGCUGAGAAGAUUCAGUUCUCAGAUCUAAAAACAUAUUUUCCUGAAUUUAACGGCAAACGUCGGGACAUUCAAGAUGCCAUGCUGUUCAUCAGAAAUUUAUACAGACAAAGAGCAGUUUCCUUCGAGACAAAGAACCCCAAAACCAUCUUCCCUCACUUCACCUGUGCCACAGACACUAAAAACAUCCGGAAAGUCUUCAGUGACAUGAAAGAGACUAUCCUCGUCAAGGCCUUAGAGGACUGUGGAAUGUUCUAAUGAGCCCCAGGUGCACCUUCAAGGCACUCGGCAUCAGACUAUAUUGAUCCCAAUGCCAAUCCAUGUACGUUCAGAAACACUACUAUUCUAUGGAGGCACAUUUGCAUACUCUUUUGACAAUAUUUUUAUUUAUUUUUUUAGCAAUAUUUAUA